CUACCUAUCAGUAUAGGUAGGGCUCCUUGACAUUUAGUAAUUUCCGCUCACUACUGAAAGUCUAUUCUGUUCAUCUACUGCUUGCAUCUAGCAUGGCUGGAGAAACUGUUUAUGCUGAUCUCACAGUCUCCACUGAACCACUCGCCCAAAGGGCACAGCAUUCGUCUCCAUGGCUCUGUGCUUCUUCUCGGCAUCCUCGCUGGCAAAAGAUCGCUCUAUGGAUUUCAUGGAUUGGGAAUGCUAUCCUUCUGGCAGCUCUGAUUGUCUUAGCUUUGCAGUUGGAACAAAAGAAAGGAAAGAGUGGGAUGAAUGUCACUACAUUGACUAACAUGGUGGAAUACAAUGCCUCUUCAGACAGUUUUAAGUCUCAUCUAAGAAGCAGACUCUGCAACCAAACUUCAGUGAAUUCAGCUUGCCAAAUUUGCCCUCUGCAUUGGCAUCUCCACAAGGACAAGUGCUACCUGUUCCAAUCAAAGAACACUCUUAAAAGUUGGAACGACAGCCAAGAUGAUUGUUCUGCAAGGAACGCUCAACUGCUGGUAAUCCGAGACAUGGAGGAUUUGGAGUUUGUAACAAAAGAUAUACCGAGUACGCAUGAAAUCUACUGGAUUGGAUUUUCCUGGUCAUUACCAAUGAAGAAAUGGAAAUGGGUUACAGGAUCCCAGGUCAACCAUGCUGUGUUCCAAGAAAAAAAACCUCAGGAAGACAAGUGCUGUGGAGCAAUAAAAAACAAGAAAAUCCUAUCUGAAAGCUGUGACACUGUAUUCCGGUGGAUUUGCCAAAAGGACCCCAUCGUUAUAUGACAUUGCAUGUUGGUGCACAAAAGAAUAAUAUGCCCUUUUGUUAUUUGCUAUGCUCACAAAUAUAGAAAUAUGGAAACAGAGGUAUUAUACACAAUAAGAGUGCAAUGGUUCUCUAUC